GCCGGGGGCCGAGCCCGAGCUCGCAGCUGCCGACAGCCGGCCCGGCGGUGGCCUGAGCACUCCUUGCAGGUAGAGCCGCCCAGGCUGCCGUGGCAGCGAGACCUGGGUUCUCGCAAACAAAAAUAUUUUUUAACCGAGUGAUGGAGGCGGGUGAAUGCCGAAGGAGGCGGCCUUUCUAGGUAGUGGGCCCCAUCAUGAUCGAAGUUGUGUUUACAACCAGAGCAACAUAGUAGAUGGAGUUUACUGCCUUCCAAUAGCACACUGGAUUGAAGUCUCUGGACAUACUGAUGAGAUGAAACACACAACCGAUUUUUAUUUUAAUAUCGCAGGACAUCAAGCUAUCCAUUACUCCAGGAUUCUGCCCAACAUCUGGCUGGGAAGUUGCCCUCGGCAGCUGGAGCACGUGACCAUCAAGCUGAAACAUGAGCUGGGUAUUACAGCUGUGAUGAACUUCCAGACUGAAUCUGACAUUGUUCAAAAUUCCUGGGGCUGCAACCGCUACCCAGAACCCAUGAGCCCCGAAAUCCUCAUGAAACUGUAUAAGGAAGAAGGUCUUGCCUAUGUCUGGCUGCCAACUGCAGACAUGAGCACUGAAGGAAGAAUACAGAUGUUGCCACAAGCUGUCUGCCUCCUGCACGGGCUGCUGCAGAACGGACACACUGUCUAUGUUCAUUGCAAUGCUGGUGUUGGCAGGUCCACAGCCGCUGUCAGUGGCUGGCUGAAGUACGUGGCGGGAUGGAGCCUGCGGAAAGUGCAGUACUUCUUGGCUGCCCGGAGACCAGCUGUCUACAUAGAUGAGGAAGCUCUGAAUCGUGCUGAAGAUGAUUUCUACCAGAAAUUUGGGCAUCUUCGUUCCUCAUACCAAAUACAAGAGUAGAAAAGUACAAGAGGAAAAGGGAGCUGAAGAGGAAUCCUCACAUUUGAAGCCCAAGGACUUAGAAAUUUCUGUGACUCAGGCAACCACCUCUUAUCUUCAGAUGAUAAAUUUCUUGUAAAAGUGAUGAGAAUUUUGUUUAAAAAGUGCCUUAGAGUGUUUUUUAUUUGCUUUCUUUAAGCUGACAUGAUUCCUGUUUUCAAGCCUUUUGGUGCAAUUAUGAGACCUAGAAACUCUGCAAAGUGAAGCAAGAUUUUCUUUUAACUACUUGCCUGUAGGAACUGAGGUUUUAGGGUAGACACUAAAUAAGAUGUGAGGUGAAAUAGAGAAAAAAAUACGAAGAUUGACUGGACUAAGGUUCAGGUUAGGAUGGAGAUCAUCAUCAAAGCUGCUCAGUUGUUUUAAAUGGACAUUAGAUUGUUGCAGUGUUUUGUAAUAAAUUAGUAGACAAGUGAUAUUAAUGAGAAAGACCAAAAGGAAAUUAGUUCUUCAGCUCAGUGUUUAAAAACAAAAUGCUAAAGUCUAAUGCAAUGAGCUAAGAUUUGCUCUUUGUCCAUCUAGUUAAUGUUAAAUAUUAUGAGCUUCGGCUAUAUUCUUUUAUGACACUGGGGUUAUGCUGGGGUGUGGCAUGAAGAGGGACACAGCUCCAACUGUAGCAGCCUUUCUUUGUUGUGGGGGCAGGAGCACUGUUUGUUAUAUUAUCCUAGGCUGUGAGUUUUGCUCCUCUGGUCCAUGCAGUGCUGUACAGGGGCUCCUUUAGGUGCUGAGUCAAUCUGAGCAGUAACCACUGGGUUAAGACAGGACCUGUAGGAAUUGUGUGGUAAGCAAUGUGCACAACUGGCACCACAGCCUCUGGGCUCUAUCUCUAGAUAGACUAAUAUCUCCAGUACAGCAAAAGCCUGUCCUUGUGCAAGCAGUGGGUGUGUGUUAGGUUUAGCUGAUUGAAUCUAAUGCUGGGCUAUCUCUGAGCUGAAUGGGUACAUUCCUCUAUAGGAGCAGAGAGCAACUCUGCAGAGGAUGGUUUCUCAGGAGCUUAGACUCAGCAUUAGCUUUGUGGAUGAUCCCUAAUGUUUUCCAUUGUUGCUUGGUCCCUCAGUUAAACUCAGCUAAACUAAGCAGUGGCAUCAACAGCUUCCAGUCCCACUCAGAUGAAAACAAUUUGCUGUAGGUUCAGUUCAAGAGAGGAUUAAGGAUGCAUAAACAUUAAGAAACAUAGUUUCUAUAGGUUUGUUCUUCAGUGAAAUCUCUUUUUUUUUUUUCCAGCCAACUUAUUCCUCUAAAGAUGCAGUCAGUUUAAGUAUGUAAUAUUGAUUUUCUGAAUACUUAAUGCAGAAACUGUUAGCUAUGAAAUGUUUAUGGAGAAUGUCCAAAAUAAUAUAUUUUAUUUAUCCUGUACUUCAAUCAUCUUGAAAAGAAAAAUGUUUAAGUUAUUCUAUGUGUGGUUUUGAUCAUGACUUCAUUUCUGACUUUUUCAAAUAACACUGCCUGUUUAGAAAAUGGAUGAGAAAAGUUCUCCUUUAAAUAAAGACAAGAUUACUAUUCCAGCA